UGAAGGGCUCCCACACGGGGGUUGCACCGUUGGUUGUGUUUGGCGGGCCGCCAGUCGCGACGAGAGAGACGAAUUCCCAGGAAAAUCUUCGAUGUCAUGAGCAAGACUUUUCUCGCGAAUGAUUUGGAAUGGGCCCAGAAAAGUUGCCAUUACAGGUUUAGGAGGAGUUGGGAAAACGCAAGUGGCCUUGGAGCUUGCAUACCGCAUACGGGAUCGAGAUACGGAGUGCUCGAUCUUCUGGCUUGCAUGCACUAGCUAUGAGGUGAUGGAGCAGACGUACCUGAAUAUCGCGCAAGCUCUUGGACUUCACGAUGUGAAGCCGGCAGAAGUCAAAGCGCAAGUCAAAAAAUACCUCAGCUCCAGGCAAGCCGGAAAGUGGCUUCUGAUCUUUGACAACGCUGAUGACAUGGACAUGUGGCUGUCAGAUGAUCGUGCAGGUCCAGCUCUUGAGGACUUUCUCCCUCAGAAUGAACAAGGCCGCAUUCUGUUCACCACAAGGAACCGGAAACUUGCUAUGGAGCUAACAUCGUCCAAUAUCGUUCCUAUUCCAGAUGUGGAUGAGAACACUGCGUUGAAAAUUCUCGAAAGGUCACUGGUAGAUAAGGGUCUGCUUCAGGAUCAUCCCACAGCAGUUGCUGUUCUGGAGAAACUGGCCUUCCUCCCCUUGGCAAUCUCGCAGGCAUCGGCAUACAUUAAUAAAAAUGGCCUGAGCCUGUCCACCUACUCUGCGCUUCUACAAGAACAGGAACCAGAGGUAGUGGAACUCCUGAGCGAGGACUUCAAGGAUGAAGGACGCUAUAAGGAUCUGCAGAAUCCAGUGAUCACCACAUGGCUGAUCUCAUUCAAACAGAUCCAACGCCAGGACCCACUGGCAGCCGACCUUCUAUCUUUCAUGGCCUUCCCUUCUUCCCAUGCCAAAUCCAGCAAACGCGGAAUUGAUGCUUUGGGACUUCUGAAUGCAUACGCGUUUACCAACAGCCAAGAUACGGGCAUAAACCUACACAGACUAGUGCAUAUUGCGAUGAGGAACUGGCUACGGCAGAAUGCCCUGUUUGGUCACUGGAUCCAGAGGGCCGCUGAUCAGAUGCGCAAGGUGUUCCCAGAUGACAACUAUACAAAUCGAGGACUCUGGCGAGAAUACCUCCCACAUGCCUUAUCCCUUGCAUAUGAUGAAUUCACAGCGCAGUGGAAAGAGUAUAUUGAUUUGAUUCAGAAUAUUGCAGAUUGCCUUUACGAAGAUGGAAGAUGGAGUGAAGCAGAGGUGCUAUACACUGAGCUAACAAGGAUCAAACAGGAGGAAACUGGGUCCGAUCAUCUCUCUGCUUUAUCCAGCAUGGCAAACCUAGCGUCAACCUAUUGGGCGCAGGAACGACGGGAUGAAGCUGAGAAGCUUGAGUUGCAAGUAUUAGAGAUAAGGAAGACUGUGCUGGGGGCUGAAUAUCCUGAUACUCUUGCCAGCAUGGCAAACCUAGCAUUAACGUACUGGAGGCAGGAAAGAUGGGAUCAAGCCGAGAAGCUUGGGUUGCAAGUAUUAGAGAUGAGCAAGAUCAUCCUAGGAGGUGAACAUCCUGAUACUCUUCUCAGCAUGCACAAUUUGGCCUAUACCUGGAAAACUCAAGGAAAGCUGCAGGACGCCUUGGGCCUAAUGGGAAAAUGUUCUGAGCUUCGCAACAAAACAUUAGGGCCAAAUCACCCUGAUGCCAUAUCCUCCUCGCGCGCUCUCAGUGACUGGAAGGACAUCCAUGAUUCAUUACCGAACGAAAGUCCCUCGAUGGCGAUCAUCCAACCCGAACGAUCACACAACCGACCCGAAAUCGCAGCAAAAAGUACAGCAGCUGCGUUGAUCGCUCAGCCGCUCUAUGAAGAACACAGCGAGCCACCUCAUACGCCGAGACGGUCCGCUGCAAAGCUAUUUCUAGGAGAUCAUCCCCUUUUCAUAGCUUCCAGGAGAACCUCAACCGCGCCGGAAUGUCAGGAGCUACAGGAAAUAGAUUGA